GUAACAACCAUAUGUGUCCGACUGUUAUAUCAUAUGUUAGGCGUUACAAUUUUAGUUUCAGUUAAUCGCGAAAGAAACUUUUAAAUACCUAUCAGAACAAUAAUAGCCAACAGCCAAAAAUGAAAGAAAUUGAUUUGCUUUGACAUCGCGAGAACCGAACAAAGUGCCCUGAAUUCAAUUGAUUAUUGUGUAACUGCGUAAAAGAUGAGGCAAACAACGGACAACGGAAACUCUGAUCAUAUAAGUUAUUAAAUACCUAAUAAUCUACGUCAAAAAGCACACAACGUAACAGAGAAAACAGUGCAUUAACGAAAAUAGCAAAGAAGAAUUUUCUUCAAGAAAAACAUCUGGCAGGUAACAGGCAGACAACAAUAAAAUCAGAGAGGAUUAAAAUAAACAUUUAAAUACCGAACCAAACCAUGUACACUAUCAGCAAGGGACCCAGCAAAAUAGUUGCUAAGACGCGACGAGGUAUGGUCCAAAACUUUGAAAAGUUCGAAAGCAUCAAGGAGAGCAGCAAGAAGAACGGUAACUUCGAUCUGAACAGUCCCGGGACAUCAGAGCACAACAAUAUCCCGCGACCGUUCUUUCAACAGAGUGCCUCAAAACGGAUAACACCCACCAAGCUGAUCGAGGAUGAGGUGAUAACACCGCAGCAUGAAGAAAUCAUACGCUAUAUAAAUGAUUCUUGGAACAUGCUAGUGGCACCAAAUCCGUAUGAUUCGAGUACAUUGGACAAGCCCUGCGAGAAACCAGUGGCAGAUGCUAACAAUAACAAUGCAACUAAUCCAGUGGAAUCUAUUAUCGCCAAUAAACCAUUUGCAACCUCUGCAUCGGCGGCUGUUUGGGUAGAACCACCUAGCCCAGCGUUGCAAGACUUCAAGCCCUUUGAUCUGGAAUCCUGGUGGGGUCGUCGCUUGUUCCAAAACAUUACUAAGACCCUCUAAUUUGUAGUGCUAAGCGGGUUAGGUAGGGCUUGCUGAGGGACUUAUUAAUAGCUGGCCAGUGCUUCCUUUGAUCAUUUCUAAUAGGAAAAUAACACUAUUUAUAUGUAUAUAUAUGUACAUAUAUGUAUAUUUAUAUAAGCGAGCGGGUUGUGCGAUAAGUCGAUAAGCAAUAUAAUGUUGGUUGAUAACGAAUAGGUAACACACAUAUAUGUAUGUCGUCUUAGCUAUAGUUUUCUAUUAGCAAGUUAAGGAGUAAAUAACUAGUUGUUACUGUUCGCCAAUUUACA